AACGCGAAUCGCUAGUUGCAUGAGAAAAAGAAGACAUAAACCCAAAAAGAAGAACCUCUAGAUGAUUAGGACGCCCCCUUCCACCAUCGCAUCGAUAUACAAAUAUAGCCACAUCCUUUCUACGCCCAUAAUUUUUGCCCAUUCCCAGCACCAGUUUCUAGCUGCCCGACUCGCUCGCUCUUCCGUUCAUUAUUUCACAUCAAAGUCGAUAAAGCCUACUACACCCAUCAGGAAUAUGGCGACUAUCUCCUCUGCAAUCCCGAUUUCUCUCGAGAAAACAGAUGCCGUCUACCAGAAGGAUGGCACACUUAUUACGCACGAAACCACACUUUCAUCCCUCACGCCAUUGUCGUCUUUUCCUGAAGAUGUGCGAGGGCUUUUCAAGGCAGUCUCAGGCGGGGAGAAAGGGGAAGCGGAGCCAUGGGUAGUCACUGUAGCAUCUACGAUAUUCCACGCACAGGGUGGGGGACAACCUUCUGAUACAGGCGUAAUCAGGUUGCUGAAAGGGGAGGACGGAGGGAACAACGACGAAGGGUUUACUGUUCACCAAGUCCGCAAGCUUCCCUCAACAAGCACGAUACUCCACCUCGUUACCCCCCUAUCGUCAUCAUCAACAUCAUCACCCAACUUUUUGCAAACCGCAAAGCUCCACCAGUCCAUCGAUGCAGAAAAACGAACACUCCACUCGCGUCUCCACACGGCGGGCCACGCUCUCGGGCUCGCAAUCUCCAUGCUCUCACAAUCCGGCACCUUGCCCUCUGAUCUUCAAGACGGAAAAGCAUCGCAUUACCCUUCCACCGCAUUCGUAGAAUUCACUGCCACGGCCGGCGGGCUUAUCAUGUCAUCGCACAAAGACGCCAUCCAGGCAAAGGUGGACGAGUUGGUCGCUGCGGAUUACCCAGUCGGGAUCGAAGUGCUGAGCCGGGCGGAAGCAGGGGCGCGAUGUAUCGGGGGAGUCGACGGCGCAGAUGUUGGGGAGGAAGAGGGGGUUAGGGUCGUGGAUUUGGGGGGGCUGGGGUGCUAUGCUUGCGGAGGCACUCAUGUUGGAAAAUUGGGUGAGAUCGGGAGAGUGGUGGUUAGGAACAUCAAGAGACAGAAGGGAGUGAGCAAGGUUGGGUAUGAUGUUGUUUGA